GAGAACUUUGAAUAUGAUGGAUAAUGUUUCAGUCAUUUCUAUGUUUACUCUGACGGGGUUUAACGGCACAGCAAACCACAGAGUCACUCUCUUUGCUCUCAGCCUGCUGUGCUAUGGUGUGAUUUGCCUGGCAAACAUGACUGUUAUUGUGACAAUCUGUAUGGACAAAUCUCUUCACAAGCCCAUGUACAUCUUCCUAUGUAACCUGUGCAUCAAUGGACUCUAUGGGACAACAGGUUUUUAUCCAAAAUUACUCAGUGAUCUUUUGUCUUCCACUUAUGUCAUCUCUUACAGUGGAUGUCUCCUGCAGGGCUUUGUGAUGCACUCUUCGGUUUGUGCAGAUAUAACUCUUCUAGCAUUAAUGGCCUUUGACAGAUAUGUGGCUCUGUGUCAGCCUCUGACAUACAACUCUGUGAUGACGAAGGGAAGAAUAUGUGUCCUUGUGUCCAUCGCUUGGCUUGUACCCAUUUAUCUGAUUUUGCAAUCGACAAUAGCAACAUCAUUAGCACGAGUGUGUGGCUCACAUAUACCAAGAAUCUACUGUAUUAAUUAUUUUGUCAAUAGACUCGCUUGUACUGCCUCAUUAGCCAGUGUUGGUGUUCCGGCGUUUAACUACACCAUUUAUGUGCUGUAUUUCUUUUCUAUUGUGUGGUCUUACAUCCACCUGAUCAAAGAAUGCAUCAUUUCCAGUGAGAACAGAAGCAAGUUUAUGCAAACAUGUCUGCCACAUCUGUUCUGUCUCACUAUCUUAUUGUUAAGUAUGUUUUUUGACUUGAUGUUUAUACGAUUUGGCAACAAGAGUAUAUCACACCACGUCGGGAAUUUCAUGUCCAUUGUAUGUCUCAUCAUUCCUCCCAUCUUCAACCCCCUGAUAUACGGUUUGAAGUUGACACAAAUAAGAAAAAAGAUCACGCAAUUUUUCAUCAGAAAGAAGUAAAGUUCAUGUUGUAUGUCGUCGUCUGCCUUGUUGAAGUGCAAGGAAGGAACGUAUAAGAAAUAUUUUUGUCGUUUUCUGUUAUAAUCUUGCAUCUAUUUUUCAGUUUUAAUGGAUGCACUAACACUGUUAUGUAGCAUAAAUAUAGUGAAUAUAUGUGUAUGAUUAGAUAGUUUAUUAGCUACAUGGAAAAGUGGAAAGUGUUGCUAUUCUCGCUUUUAACUAGUCUAGAGCUGAAACAAUUACUCGAUGAAUCGAUUAUUAAUCGGUUACUAAAUGAACUACUUUGAUAACCAAUUAAUCGGUUUGAAGCUUUUUCAUGAUUAAAACAAGAUUUCGGAUUGUUUCAGCUUCUUAGAUGUGAAUAUUUGAUAGUUUAUUUGCUCAUCAUUUCCAGGUUUGAGAAACACUGAUUUAGUGUGGACCAAACGAUUACUCGAGAUUACUCAAUUAAUCGUGAAAAUAUCGUUAGUUGCAGCUCUAAACUAGCGCUAUUAUUUGACUCGUAUACUGUAUUCACAGGUUGAACAGUUUGGAAAUAAAGUAAGAGAGACAAGGUUGAGAUGGUUUGGUCACGUGCAGAGGAGAGACAGUGA